UCCAAAAGGGGCGGGGGACGGUGGCGAUGGUGAUUGCUGGACCUAAAUUUAGUUGUGGCUUUGGUGAGGCCUCGGUUCGGGGUUGUUAACGUUCUUGGCACUAUAAAUGAAGUGGCGAGCCGAUGAUCUUGCACUCGAAUGCAACCUGCUUGUGGAAUUGUUACUCUAAUAUAGGAGCAAUAGCAUCAGGACUAUUAAUGCAAUGGGGAACACCAGUAGUGAUCGCAUGGGAGCAGAUCGCCAUGGAGGCCACAAGUCUCAGCGUGCUGACAACAUGGGAAUUUCUCAAUCAUCAAAGGAGAAUGAACGUCAUAAGAUUAUGGUGGAUAGCUCUGAUGAUCCCAACAUCUUUCAUACGCAAGGCUCAAAGCCUCUCACUGAUAAGGAAUUUGCACCCUGGCACGCUGAUGUGGAUGAGUCUGUGAAGUUUUCUCAACAAGCUCGUCCCACUGUCAUCCGCUGGAAUGGUGGAGGAAAAGAAGUAUUCAUUUCUGGAUCCUUCAACAAUUGGCAAGCCAAGAUUCCACUUAUAAAAAGCCACAAUGACUUUGUUGCUAUCCUUGAUCUGCCUGAAGGAGAGCACCAAUACAAGUUCUUUGUAGAUGGACAGUGGGCUCAUGAUCCAUCAGAGCCAGUGACAACCAGCCAACUUGGGACAAUCAAUAAUGUUAUUCAGGUGAAGAAAUCUGAUUUUGAGGUGUUUGAUGCCCUUAAAUUGGAUUCACUGGAGUGUUCAGAUAACUCAGAUUUGUCAAGCUCUCCUCCAGGACCAUACCAUCAGGAGAUGUAUGUUUUAAGGCCUGAAGAGCGCUUUAAGGCACCACCAAUUUUACCUCCUCAUCUGCUCCAAGUCAUUCUGAACAAGGAUACACACAUUUCGUGUGAUCCUGCUUUACUACCUGAACCAAAUCAUGUGAUGCUGAAUCACCUAUAUGCACUUUCUAUAAAAGAUGGAGUGAUGGUUCUCAGUGCUACACAUCGGUACAAGAAGAAAUAUGUUACUACUUUACUGUAUAAACCAAUCUGAUCUGUUAUCCCUGUAGCCAGCAUGCCAAAAUGGUAAAUGAAUGCCCAUGUUAGUUGGCUGUUCAGUGAUGGAGCUUCAUUAGGAUUUUAGCAGUUGUGUUGGUUGCCUUCUACAUAAUCGCUACAAGCACUUUCCCAGAUUGAGGUACAAGUUCAAUAUUGAAUUUUAUAGCAUCGGCAAUGAUAAUUCAGUUUGUCGAUAUGGAUUGGAAAUGUGACGAGCAUUUGUAAAACAAGAGACAAUCUUAGUCAUGAUGAGCGGUUACACUAGGAAAAGUUUACAGUUGGAGUUUAGAUUUUAUAUUUAAACACCUUUAAAUAGCUUAUCUAGUAUUUAUUAAGUAUUGCAUUUUUCUUGGAGAUGUGACCCAACCUAUUUUAAUAAACCUAAUUGUUUUGGAUUGAGAGCUCUUAAUGUUUUGUAAUUCUUGCUUUCAGCAUUGUCCCUAUUUAAUACUGUACACAGAUUCUGCUUUGUAUCUGUGUGCCUGCUCAUUUGUUCUUGAUGUACAAAUUCGAGUGUUUCCAAAUGGGACAUGUUAUUCAUUGUACUAAUUUGCAAGAUGUGAAGUACUUUAGGUAAUAGAUCUUAGAUGGAAAAUAUAUUUACAAUAUUGAUAAUAAACUAAAAAAUGCAAACAUUUAAUGUUCACGAUGUUUGACAAAAUAUUAAAAGUUAUGUAGAUCUACUUAUUUACACACAGCUGAGGCACAAAGUACAUGAUUUAUUUUGUAGCUAAUUAAGGAUAAUAGUUACAGACUAAGAGGGCAGAUUCUUGAAAAAUGGGCAGACAUGCGGCAAAUGAAAUUUAACACAGAAGUAAUGCAUCUUGAUGGGAGAGACAAUGGAAAACAAAUUAUACAUUUUUAAGAGUGUGAAAGGGCAGAUCUGGUUUUGUACAUAAAUCUUUUAAGGUAAAAGAAGCUAUGAGAGUUUUUAUUAAAAAAUGGGUAUGGGAUACUUGAUAUUUGUAAAGAAGGCUUACACUUGAAAUACAAAUAAAUUAUUAUGCUAAAGAAACUGGUACAGACUCAGCUGUAGAAGGGUGUUCAGUUCUGAGCAGCACUCUUCAGGAAUACUGUCAUCGCUUUGGGGAGGUAUGGAAGGAGUUUAUCAAUGUUACCAGUGAAUGUAACAUUAAAAUAAUGAAAAAUCUGGCAGUCACCCAGACCAAAGAAGAUCAGGAAGAGUUUUGAAGUAAAUAUGUAAAAUGGUGAACAGAUUUAAUAAAGUACAGGAGAAUCUGGUUUCUGUGGCAGAUAGUUUAGUAGCCAUGGAGCAUGUAUUUAAGGCAAUAAAACAAAGUUGAGGUGAUGUUAGGAAACAGUUUUUACCAAACAAUUGUGAUUGAAGCAGAUUCAACCAGAAUUUUCAAAAGGGAAAUGGAUAAAUAUUGAAGUGAAUAAAUUGAAUGUGUAAGAGGAAGAUGGUCAGCACUUUAAGUAAUUGGAUAGCUCUCUCAAAAAGCAGGCAGGGAGUGAUAUUCUGAAUGGCUUCAUAAUGUGCAAUGUCUGUAAUGCAGAAGUGUCAUUAUUAUUUAUCAAAGGUUGAUUUCCACUUUUGUGUGAUCUGAUUUUGAGGUUUGAAAGAAGAGUUAAAGGAAUAGAUGAGCAUCAUAUCUACAGAAUGAUUUUGAAUUCUUGAAUGAGGAGCAUAAGAACUAAUAUUCCAAAAUCUUUUUGGGAUAAAAUGAUUAGAUAUUGAUGGUGUUCUCCACAAAUAACAACACAGGUGGUAAUUCUAAAUUACCUUUGUAUAAAGGCUAUUUAGAAUGCAGAUGCUGUUAUAAGAUAUUUAAUGUUAAUUUUCAUUAACAUUUAAACUAAAGUCUAAAUGGACAGAUCUGAAAGAACUUCCUUGUUUGAAUGUUGUAAAUUUUGGGAUCAGAAUUUGAUGCUCUUCUUCAGUAACUGAAGAUUUUAAGAAGUACUCAGUGACAACCAAUACACAAGUAUUUCUAUAAUUUGCUGGCAUAUUCUGAUAGAACAAAUGGAGCACCAUGAUAGUAAAAUACAAAGCAGGAUUUUGCAUUUGAUACUUUAUGACACAUUAUGUCUGAAAAAAAAUCAUCCUGCAUCUAUCUCUUUUUUUGAUAGUAGUUUCCUUAUUGCUUUAAAGUAGCAUUCCAGGGAACACAAAGAGUAAAAGAUUUUCUGAGGCCUGUGUGAAUAGUUUGAGUAAUUAAGAAGCCUUACAUUGAUGAUAUGCACAAUUUUAUGAUUGGAUGCCAGAUGUUUUCUCUCUUUUAGUCCCUGCAGUAAAGUUUUUAGGUUUGUGAAAAAGCAUGAAUAUUUAAUCUUUUACAGAGACUACUGAAGUGUGAAGAUUUUAAUGUACCGGUGUAUAUAUAUUUGUGUGUGCUGUAAGAUCUUAACACAAAUAAAAUAUCACAGCUGACUGAAAAAUGGGUAUCA